CAAACAGUGAUGGACCGGACGAAGAUUUUCUGGUGUAAGGUGAGUGUGGUUAACGUGAUUUGACUUGCAAUUUGCGUCGCAAAAGACGUGCUACUACUUGAAUCUUCCUGAACACAUACUAAACGGCGGACGCUAUUUAAACUCCUGAAUUUACUAGGGUGAUUUGAUUUCACCACCGGACUCCGAUGCAUCUCAAUAUGGACGGUCGGGAUGUCGCCACUUUCAGCAGUCAGUUCGCUGUGGUAUCGUCUCAACAUGUUAAUGGCGUUGCGUCUAGGAUGUUAUGAGGAAAAAUGAUGCCAUUAGUGAAGAGUGUUGAUCUGAUCGAUACUCAGCCAAGAGCCAUCCUAUAAAUAUCAGGAUAAACUGCUGUUCUUCUCAUCUCCUUUCCAUCGCACUACAACGUUCUUCAAGACAUUAAAGCUCAUUCUUCCAACGCACACACACCUCUUCUCUCACUUUCACUACCUCCCAACUCAUCAAGAUGAAGUUCACUGCUGCAAUUGCUACUGUCAUCCUCGCCAGCGUUGCUGUCGCGGCUCCCGAGCGUGGCCUCGAGGCUCGCCUCAAGGCCCGCGGCGCCGGCAAGGGAUCCCGACCCCUCCAGGCAGUCGCCAGACCUGCUUCGACCAAGAACCAGACCAACGUCGAGUACAGCUCCAACUGGUCCGGUGCAGUGCUGGUGGAGCCCCCUUCUGCCGCGGCGACUUACACUGCGGUGACCGGCACCUUCACUGUUCCUGAGCCCACUGGCAACUCUGGAGGCAGUCAGGCUGCAUCUGCCUGGGUUGGUAUCGAUGGAGAUACCUAUGGAAACGCCAUUCUCCAGACUGGUGUUGACUUCACCGUGACCGAUGGAGAGGCCUCAUUCGAUGCCUGGUAUGAGUGGUACCCGGACUACGCCUACGACUUCAGCGGCAUCGACAUCUCUGCCGGUGAUGAGAUUGUUGCCAUUGUCGAGUCCUACACCUCGACCACGGGUAUUGCUAUCAUUGAGAACAAGAGCACCGGCCAGAAGGUCACCAAGGAGCUGUCAUCCAGCUCCAGCCUUGGAGGACAGAACGCAGAGUGGAUUGUGGAAGACUUCGAGGAAAAUGGCUCGCUCGUCGACCUGGUGGACUUUGGCACUGUCACCUUCACCGGUGCUGUUGCCAAGGCUGCGGGAGGCCAGAGCGUUGGCCUUACGGAUGCUACCAUCAUCGAGAUCGAGGAGAAUGGCCAGGUGGUUACUGAUGUUACCAUCGACAGCGACUCCGAGGUGACCAUCACCUACGAGUAAGCGUGCCCACAAGGCCUGUCACUGUAACUGGAACCGUGGCAGAAUACGUUGAUCAUCUCAAUCUAUAGGGGAUUGAUCGGCAUACAGUAAUGUGAUGAUGUGAUUGGCACAGAGUUUGAGUGAGGUAGUCGGGGAGGAAUUUGUAGAUAGGUUUGAUUUCUAGUAUUACUUUGCGGG